AUGUCUUCUCAGGCCUUCGCGGCCCUGGGCGGCGACAGUGGGCGCAGGAAGCCCCGCCUGGCGGCGUCGUUGAAGAUCAACCCCGGGCCCACUCCGUGGCGACCCUCGGCCAGUUUGGGCCGAGAUUCCUGGGAGUCCACGCCCACCCUCUGCGUGGAGGAGGUCGUUGGGGGGGGUGGACGGCCCCAGGCGUCUGCGGUGGAGUCGGCAGCGGCCGGGGACUGUGGGCCCGGGCGAGCGCCAGGGCCUGCUAGGGACCUCCGGACUGCGGCCAGGCAGCUCCAGCAGCAGCUCAGGGACCCGCCCCCUGGCCAGGCCGUGGCCUUGCUCACGCAGUAUGCAGCCAGCCUGGGAGCCUCGCUUAUCUUUCGAGAGGACCCGACACCAGGCCCCUGCACCCCUUUCUCAGUGAGCGUGGAGCUGGAUGGUGUGGUCUGCUCCGAGGGCUCUGCCGACAGCAAGUCCGAGGCCAAGCAGCAGGCAGCCCUGUCCACCCUCCACUACAUCAGGGCCCAUCUGGACGGACCAGAGCCCACUAGGACUUCUGGCAAGCUUCCACUGGCCCCACUGAGUGCAGAGGACAUCGUGACUCAUCAGCAGCGCUGCGCCGCCGUGGUGGACGCUGGCUUUGACCGCCUGGUGGACAGGAGCUCAGCCUACUGGGCCUGCAAGGGGACCGUGGCCGCAGUCAUCCUGGAGAGGGAGGUCCCUGGUGCCAGGGGCCAGGCCAAGGAGAUGUACGGGCUGGUGGCGCUGGGCACGGGCAGCGGCUGCUGCACUGGCCGGCAGGAGUUCUCAGGCCGGCAAUUGCAUGACUGCCACGGGUUGGUGGUUGCCCGCCGGGCCCUGCUGAGGUUUCUGUUUCGGCAGCUCCUUUUGGUGACACAGGGGGGGCCCAAGGGCAAGGAGCAGUCAGUGCUGGCCCCCCAGCCUGAGCCUGGGCCCCCCUUCACCCUCAAGCCCGGGAUCUUCCUGCAUCUCUACGUCAGCAACACUCCCAAGGGAGCGGCCCAGGACUUCUACCUCCCCUCCUCCCUGGAAGGCAGUUUCCUGCACAGCUGCCCCUUCCGCCUGCAGGCACACGUGCGGGGGGAGCUGAAGCCGGUGGGCUACAUCGCCUCUGCACUCCGAGACACCUAUGUGGGCUGCCUCUCUGCCAGCGACAAGCUGGCUCGAUGGGCUGUGCUGGGGCUGGGCGGUGCCCUGCUGGCCCACUUCCUGCCGCCCCUCUACGCCACCAGCCUUGUCCUGGCGGACCCCUGCCACGACCCCCCCACCCUGAACAGGGUCAUCCAUGGCCGGCCCAGCCUGAACGAGCCCGAACAGCCGGACCUGCCCUCGCCCUAUGCACGCACCACUCUGCAUCUGUUCUCAGGGCCCCCGGGGGCCCCUUCGGACCCCAUCCCCAGCACCUGCCAGGGCCUCAGCCUCAACUGGAGCCUGGGGGACACUGGUGUGGAGGUCGUGGAUGUGGCCACUGGGCGGGUGAAGGCAGAUGAUGCCCCAGGGCCCCCCUCCCGCCUCUGCAAAGCUGCCUUCCUGCGAGCCUUCCGCCAGGCCACCCAAGCGCUGGGCAAGCCCCAACUCUUGGCCAUGAGGACUUACGAGGAGGCCAAGGCAGGGCCCUACCUGGAAGCUCGCCAGCUGCUCUCCUUGCUCCUGGACCAGCAGGGCCUCGGGGCGUGGCCCUCCAAGCCCCUGCUGGGCAAGUUCAGAAGCUGA